CCGUGGCGGUGGCGGCGCUGCGGGCGGACGGGGCGGCACCGGGGGUCCCGCAGCCAUGAACGGCCCCGACGCGGCCGGCAGCGGCCAGGGCAGCGAGGGGAAGGGGGGGGACGGCCGAGAGAAAAAGGAGAGCGACCCCUUCGCUGAGUACAUGUGGAUGGAGAACGAGGAGGACUUCGACAGGCAGGUGGAGGAGGAGCUGCAGGAGCAGGAGUUCCUCGACCGCUGCUUCCAGGAGAUGUUGGACGAGGAGGACCAGGAGUGGUUCAUCCCAUCACGAGACCUUCCCCAGCGCGUGGGGCAGCUGCAGCAGCAGCUCAAUGGGCUCUGCGUCGCUGACGGCCGCGGCCCCGAGGAUGUCGUGAGCAAAAGCACCUUGAACCCCGACGCCAAGGAGUUUGUGCCGGGCGUGAAGUACUGAGAGCUGCAGCCGAGCUCUGCGCCGCAGGAAGGCUUCUGUGUGCUUUGAGUACCUUCAUUUUGGGGUUGUUUGGGGUUUUUUCUUUAUUGUUACGACUUUUAUUUCUCUGUUUUUCGAUCUCCCCUCGUACCGUCUCUCGGUUUUGGGCAGCUCUUGCUUUCUAGGACUCUCACAGCCCUAAACUCCAUCCUGGAGCCCUUCUUUGGUCUGCUAUGAAUUCUGGGGAUCCCCCCGGCCGUUCCCCUCCAUGGGAUCCCCUAUAGCCCUAUAUAGGGUGAGGCCAAGGGCGCCGCGACCACCAACCCCAAACUCCUCCUUUCUCAGAUAGGUGCUGACGGAUGGAGGCCAUGUGCUGGGACCCCCUUUAGGGGCUGGGGGUCCGAAGUGGGGAGGGGGGGACGGACGGACGGACAGACCAGCCCUAGUUGUCCUCCCAUGGGAUUCGCUUUGUGGAAUUGGCCUUAAAGGACUUCUGCCCCGAUCCCACCCAGCGGCGUCGCUCCGUUCCUUUCUCAGCACAAUAAAUCCAAGGAGAGCUGCA